UGAUAAUGAAGGUACUGUUUUCCUUCUUCAACUGUCCCAAACUCUCACUUGUACGCAAAUUCUCGUGGAAUGAGAUCCUUCUGCCACUGCGAGUAGGAGCUGUAGGGGCCUCCCAAUUCGCAUAAUUUGAUCCGUUUUGGAAGCAUUUGGGAUUGCUUAUUUGGGAAUAUUGCUUUCGUGAACUGAUUGAUGCUUUCGGUUUAGCUGCUGGUUCUGUGUUUGCUCUGUACUCGAGGUUAUGUUCCAAUAAGGAGGGGCAAGAAAAGUAUAUAGGUUCGAUAUUGAAGAUAUCUUUUUUGCUAAAUAAGUAUGUAUAGGCACUCACCCAGUAGGAACCAGAGAUCGAAAAGGAUCAAGGUGAAGCACAUUUUGCAGAUUUGUUUGUUGGUUGCUGUUUGUUUUUGGCUGUUAUACCAAGUUAAACAUUCCCAUGACAAGAGGAAAGAGUUCAGCGGAAGUGAUGGAAGAGGCUUGAUUCAAAGAGAUGGCAGCAGUGAUCGUGUAAAAUUCGGAAGGAAAGAUAUUCAGGGUGGGGUGAAAGGAUCAUUUGCUAAGAAUGUAAAUCACGAUGAACCUGAAGAGGAAGAGGAAGAUGAAGGCACUAGAGAAGAAGCGAAAGAAAAUAAGAGUGAAGAUGAUGUGCUUGGAGGCAAGAAGAUUGGAGAACAUGAGGAUGAAGCAACGGAAGGUGGAGAUGAUGAAGUAGACGUGCAUGAGCUAGAGAGAACUGACGAUGAAAGAGAAGAGGAUUUGGAAGAUAGAUUCGAGAAUGAUACUCACGAAACGGAUUCUAUCAAUGCUCAUGGUCAGGGGGAGAAGGAAGCACGCGAGGAACAUUACAAGGCUGAUGAUGCAUCUAGUGCCGUGGCUCAUGAGGGCCUAAUGUCCACUACUGAAAAUGAGAACGAGUCUAGAGAGAAAUCUACGGAUAAUCCUCACAAUAUUUUAGAAGAGGGAAAGAAUGAUAAUGAAAGUGAAGGUGAGGAAAGGAAAGAUUCAGAGCUCGGAGCUGCUGGAAUGGCUAGAGAUGAAACCAUGGAUGGAAUUUUAGACAACUUGGAGAAUGACACGUCUACUAACAACACGGUGACAGAAGGGUUCGAUGAACAUUUGGCGAGCAAUAGCACUCCUGAAGUUGCAAUGGACAAUCCCUCACAAAAUUUAACCGAGAGCAAGAGUGAGUUAGAUCAUGAUCCAGAAACUCUCACCAACAAUACAUCCAGCGAAGAUUCUGACCUCAAAGUUACCGAUUCCAGUCAUACCAAUGAUUCUAUUGUGAGUGCAGAUGGUGCUGGUGUGGGUUCUAAUUCAACAGAUUCAAUAGAACUGAAAAAUGCAGAUUUGCACUCCGAGGAGUCGUCUAUUUCAUCUAAUAAUGAUACACAGUCUGCAUCAGAAACCAUUGAUAAAACUGGUACUUUCAAGCAAGCAAGAACUGAUGGAUCUCCACCUAAGAAGAAGGAUGAAAUCGAGGCUGAAAACUCAGAUGUAAACAGCAGUACAGACGGUUCUACAGAAUCUACACCGGUUGAAAAUCAUUUAGAUGAUCUACACGGCACCAUAGAUGUUUCUGAUACAUCCAAUACCUUGGAAGAAAAUGAUGUUCGCAUGGAUCUCGAUACACUUCCCAAGUUAGAAACCGAGGGAACAAAUAGCAGAGAUGUUGCUGCAGAAUAAAGUAAUGGAUUUAGCAAGGUAGUGUUAGUUCUAUCGAUUUCCAUCAAUUGAAUGAAGUUCAUCCUCAUUUUCUUUUUUCUUGAACACUAAGCAUCCUCUUUGUUUUUGUGUGUACCAAAAUUUUAUUUUUUCUGUCGGUGCUCUUAUUCUCAAAACGUUGCUGUUAAAACUCAGCCAAAUUCGAGGAUUACUUGUGUUCUCUGUACAAUCCAUCAUUUGUUUUCAUCUAUAUUCGAAUCCUACUUCCAUUUU